GACUAAGACCCCCCCCCCUGUGAAAAGAGGAGCCUCAACAGAGAGAAGUGAAACCCAGUCUGUCCCAAAGACCAACAUGCAUCUCUUUGCUCUAAUUCUUGGCAUUUGGCUUCUACCAAAAGGUGACACUCUGAAGUGUCAUGAAUGCAUACCAGACAAUUUGGGGAAGUGCACUGAAACACAAAGAGAAUGUCUUUUACAGUCUCAUCAAUGUGGUGCAUCCAGACUCAUUGCCUAUGCAGGUGGUUCAAAAAUUCUGGACCAAAAUGUGAAGAGUUGUGCUCUGCCAGAAGAAUGUGGGGAAGCUUCAGUCAAUUUUGGGUUGUCCAAAACCUGGAUCAACACCCAAUGCUGCAACUCCAACCUCUGCAACACUCAGUCUGUUCCUGACUCAAGCAAUACCACUCCAAAUGGGAGACACUGCUUCACCUGUGAUGGUUCAACAUGUGACAAAACUUUAGCCUGUGAGGGGAACGAAGACCACUGCGUUACCGGAACAGUUGAUGCAGGAGGAACCACAACCACCGUAAAGGGAUGCAUCUCUGAGCUGAUGUGCUCUGCCUCAAACAGCUUUCCUUCUCGACUUCUAGGAACAAAGGUUAGCUGUUGCAAGGGUAACUUGUGCAACAGUGCUGUCACUGCAAGUACAGGUCUGCUGCUUGUAGUCGUGGCGUUGGUCUCUUUGACAUUGUUUUCUUAAGAGAGAAUUCAAACAGUGAAUUAUUUGGCACCUCUCUUUUUCAUACACAAAGUCUAUGAGGCCCUCACUCUUCUCCUCUUUCAACUUAUCUUUUGAAGAUUUAAAGUUUGAAGAUCCAAAAUGAUUAUUUUUGAUAAACUUAAAUGUUUUUUUGUGUUUGUUUCUUUUUUAUUUCACUUGUCAAUUACAAUUCUGAGUAAGCUUUUCAAAAGUGUGUGUGAAUUUAAAUAUGAAAUAAAGUUUCAUCUUAUCAAGAGAAAAAAA